UUUCAAGUGAGAGCCAAUGCUGACUAAAUUACACAUGCAAACAAACUCACACUUCAAUUCUAUUGCGUUUUUUUAUUGUUUAUUCGCAAAUAUGGUCUCGUUUACACGGUAACAAAACGAAAACAAUUCAUAAAUACCCGAGAUACGAAAUGUCAACAAACGUCAAACCAAUUUUGUUGUUUAUUCAUAUUUGUCUCUGGAAUUAAUCCAGUUGGCUUUUUUUUAUUUGCAACCGACAUUUUUGAUGGACGCAUUUGUAAUUUUAUGCCAAAAAAAAAAUUGAACGAUUAUUUUUCCGAGAAGAAUUGACACAACGAAACAUUAAACAUAACCUCAAUUGACAAUGACACCAAGACCGCCCGAACUAUAUGAUUCCGAUUCGGAGGAUUCCGAAUACGAAGGAUUUAUGAUGUCUAGUGACUAUGAUCAGUACGGGAACCGAAUCAGAAAGAAUAAUGUUACAGUUUAUGUUGAUCCAAAAAAAGAUUUGGCAAACGAUUUGAGUACUGCUAUUCGGUAUGGUCGACUGAACGAAUUUCGCUCGAUUUGGAUGGAACAUCGCAAUCGUCUUGAUAUAAAUCAGCCACUUUUGGAUGGUUCAAAUUAUACACCGUUGAUGUUAGCUUGCCAAGAGCGACAACUUGAAAUCAUAAAAUAUUUCUUAUUUGAAUUGAAAGCCGAAACAAAUGCAAAUUCAAAUGAUAUGACCGCUUUGAUAUUGGCCUGCUCUGGAUCACCUAAUUUGUAUGCUGACAAUAGCGAUGUAUUCCCCGAAGAAGAAGAAAAUGUACGAAAAAUUUGCGAAUGGUUGAUUGAACAUAAUGCAAUGGUUGACAAGGCAAAUUUACGACGCGAAACACCACUUAUGCACGCUGCACAAAAUGGAUAUACAUCGGUAAUUGAAUUGUUGUUGAACAAUCGAGCCACAUUGGAAGCUUGUGAUAAUGAAGAAAAAACGUCACUAUUUUAUGCGGUCAACAAUGAUCGAUACGAAGCAACAAAAACCCUUAUCGAAGCCGGAGCAUUGACUGAUAUGAGAGACAUUUUUGGUAAUACACCAAAGGCAUUGGCUGAAGCAAGAAAUAUUCCACGGAUUAUUGCACUAUUUCCACCGGAUCCCAUUGUCGACUAUGUGCCAAACACUGUUUAUUCCUAUAACACGUACAUGGAUCACAUACCAGAUGCAUUUCCAGAAAAGGAAGCUCCGGCAUAUUCUCCUGACCUUUAUACAAUGUUAAGUGGCAUGCGAGCAAAACAGAAUGAAUUCAAAUUCUACAAGUCUAAUAUCGGUUUACCGGAAUUUUUGACCGUUACUGAUGAACGUUUGCGUGAGAUUGGUAUUGAAUUUCCAUAUCAACGUAAACGAAUUUUGUUCGGUUUGCUAAGAUUUCAUGAAAAAAUAUGGUCACAAAAAUCGGUACCCAUUCCGAAACUGAAGAACACCAGCAUUCAACAGUAUUUUGAAAUUUUUUCGAAUUGCCUAAAACAAUUGGUUAUUAUCAAAUCUUCCUUGAAUUUUGUCGAAGAACAUGAAUUAUUUGUUGAAAAUGCCGACAUUAGCUUUGAAUCUCACGAACUACGUCAAGAAGUAAAUCAAGAACUUGAAUUUUUACGCAAAAAUGCACUCCGGCUCUUUCAAACCAUGCAAAAGAUCGAAAAAAAGUUGGCUGUGCCACCUCCGAUUAACAUUUGCCAAAACACGAUUCAAGAACUUUUAAAGAAAAACACAUUUCGUCAGCAACUUUAUUGGAAAUUUAAAUUACUUGGACUGGGAACGGUUGGAUUAAGCAUCGUCACUGUUGCCGUGAUCAAAUUUUUCGUUCGCUGAAAAACAGAAGAUAGAAACUAUUUUACAUAUUAAUUUAAAUCGUAAGAAAAUAUAUUCCAAGGAUGGCAGGAAUUAAAUUAAGACCAUAAUGCUAAUAGUCACUUUGCUGGGAUCAUUUUUUUUUUUGAACUUUUUAAUAAGAAAAUGAAUGUAAUUAUUACAUCUAUUUCGUAAGGUCGUGAAAAUUUUUCACCAGUGAUCAAAUGGCAUUUAUUGGUUUACUUUGAAAAGGGUCUUAAAGGCAUUCUCUUCCAAGCGCUAGAUUUACCGAUUUAAUUUUUGUCUUAAAAAUAUAAACUAGAAAUUUCAGUGAAAUUCAGUGGUGAUACAACAUUUUUAUACAAUAAAGAAUUUCUAUAAGAUUUAUAAAAAAAAAUCAGAAAAAUUAUGAAACAUAUGCCCCAAUGAAAGAAAUAAAAUAUAUUAAUGCAUAAUUAUUAUGCACAACAGAUGGCA